AUGUCUACCAACGCGUUCGAGGCGCAAGGUGUUCGAGUAGCAAUUGAAGGAUGCGGUCAUGGCACGCUAGAUGCUAUCUACGCUUCUGUGGAAGAAUCUUGUAAGCAACGUGGUUGGGAUGGUGUUGAUAUUCUCAUCAUUGGCGGUGACUUUCAGUCUGUUCGCAAUGCUGAAGAUCUGAGCAUCAUGUCAUGCCCCGUCAAGUACCGCCACCUAGGAGACUUUCCCAAGUACUACUCGGGUGAGAGAAAGGCGCCUUAUCUAACAAUAUUCAUUGCUGGAAACCACGAAGCCAGCUCGCAUCUGUGGGAGCUCUACUACGGAGGAUGGGUUGCGCCCAACAUUUACUAUAUGGGUGCUGCCAACAUCCUGCGUUUCGGUCCACUACGUAUCGCGGGAUUGUCUGGUAUAUGGAAAGGCUUUGACUACCGCAAGCCACAUCACGAAAGGCUUCCUUUCAGCGGCGAUGAUGUAAAGUCGUGGUAUCACGUCAGAGAGAUCGACGUCCGCAAACUACUUCAAGUACAGACACAAGUGGAUGUCGGCCUCAGUCACGACUGGCCACGUGCAAUCGAAUCGCAUGGCGAUCAUGAAUGGCUUUUCAGAAAAAAGCCUGCUUUCAGAAACGAAUCUCGAGAUGGUACACUCGGUAGCGUGGCGGCCGAGUAUGUCAUGGACCGUCUACGACCUCCCCAUUGGUUUUCGGCCCAUAUGCAUAUCAAAUUCGCUGCGAUCAAGACAUAUAGUGACGCCCAGCCUGAAGUGGAAGAGAGCAAGCAAGAGACUGCUCCUGAGGCUACUCCAGCACUAGCUUCAGAGAACAAUCCCGAUGAGAUUGAUUUGGAUAUGGAUGACGAUGAUGAGGACACAAAACCUAACCCAGAAUCAGAAGCCAAGAAAAGUGAGCCAGAAGCUAAGGAGGCUGCAGAAGCAUCGAAUCAAGUGUCGGAAGAGCUUAGGGCACAACUCCCGGCAUCUUUUGCUCGCCCCCAGCCCAAGAAAACACCUGGUCAGCCAGUACCACCCGGCAUCACAAACAAGGAGGUCCGUUUUCUUGCUCUCGACAAGUGUCUGCCAGGAAGACACUUCCUCCAGCUCUGUGACCUCCAACCCUUCAACCCCGAGACAAGCUCUGAGUAUCCUCCAGCUCAGGAGUCACCACGAUGGCGAUUACAGUACGAUCCAGAGUGGCUUGCAAUCACGCGCGUCUUCCAUGAUUCUUUAGUCAUUGGUGAUCGCAAUGUGCAGACGCCACCCGACUUGGGUGAAGAUCAUUACCAGCCUCUUAUCCAAAAGGAGAGAGAAUGGGUUGAGGACAACAUUGUGAAGGCAGGAAAGCUAGAUGUUCCACACAACUUCGAAAUUACUGCGCCGCCUCAUGUUCCUGGUGGUCCUGAGAUCGUCAAUGUGCAGCCAUCGGAGUAUACAAAUCCUCAAACUACAACAUUUUGCGAGAUCAUGGGGCUAUCAAAUAUCUGGGAUGCUACAGAUGAAGAAAGACGUCAACGAAAAGCACAGGGGCCACCUAAAACAGAUCAACGCUUUACUGGCGGUGGAAGAGGGGGUGGUCAUGGCAGAGGCAGAGGAGGCGCAGCAUCGCAUCUCGACCUUGUUGAAACCUCGUCAAAUAUCAUCGCCCACCAUGGCUCAAGCCUUCUUAACCACUGUGUUAGUUCUCCCAUAUUCCUCUCGAGAAGCGUAACUCUGGAUUGCCCCUACUCGCUAUACACCGCCACCACGCCCCGACAUCUGACUCCGAAGUCGGUCUCUACGAUGCAUCAGAUGGAUAUGGACAUUAUACCUGCUUCCAUCUCUACAAAACCCCUCCCCCUCUCAGAUGAACUGUCAUUUGCUGACUUGGAACCUUUGUUGAAUAGUAACCAGCGAACGAGAAACCAGUUUCGCCCGCGCGCAGGCAAGGGAGGAUCGGCUAGUUAUCAACUGCGACAGUAUGCCGAGGUGACACUGGGCGGCGGUAGCCUGCGCAAGGUUGUCAAACUCCCAGAGGGCGAGGACGAGAAUGAAUGGUUAGCUGUCAACAUGGUGGAUUUCUACAACCAGAUCAACCUCCUCUACGGAGCCAUCACCGAGUUCUGCUCACCCAUUUCAUGCCCUGAGAUGAAAGCCACCGACGAGUUCGAGUAUCUGUGGCAAGACAACGAGAACUUCAAACGACCAACUAAGAUGCCUGCGCCCGCAUACAUUGAACAACUCAUGACGUGGGUACAAGCAAACAUUGACAACGAACAAGUAUUGCCCAGCAAAAUCGGCGUCCCCUUCCCCAAAUCUUUCCCCGCGCUAGUCCGCCAAAUCUUCAAGCGCAUGUAUCGUGUCUACGCUCACAUCUACUGCCACCACUACCCCGUGAUUCGUGAGCUUGGCCUCGAGCCGCAUCUGAAUACGAGCUUCAAGCAGUACGUCCUCUUUGUCGACGAGCACAGCUUGGCGAGCGGAAGGGACUACUGGGGUCCUCUGGGCGACCUGGUGGAUAGCAUGCUCAAGAGCGACUAG